GGCUGAAGGCUUCCCUCCAGAGGCUGCAGCUGGAGAACGGGGAUGUCGUCUUCGCCAACCGGCCAGACAAUAAUACCCCCAUGGAAGAAAUCGUCCGGGCAAUGACACACGUCAUAAAUCAAGGCAUGGCCAUGUACUGGGGAACGUCGCGCUGGAGUGCUAUGGAGAUCAUGGAAGCCUACUCCGUUGCCAGGCAGUUUAACAUGAUACCCCCGGUGUGCGAGCAAGCUGAAUACCAUCUUUUCCAAAGAGAGAAAGUGGAGGUUCAGCUGCCGGAAUUAUAUCACAAAAUAGGAGUCGGAGCCAUGACAUGGUCCCCACUGGCUUGUGGGAUCAUCUCAGGGAAAUACGGCAACGGGGUCCCUGAAAGCUCAAGGGCUGCACUGAAGUGCUACCAGUGGCUGAAAGAGAAGAUCAUAAGCGAGGAAGGCAGAAAGCAGCAGGUGAAGCUGAAGGACCUGUCGCCCAUCGCCGAGCGCCUGGGCUGCACGCUGCCGCAGCUGGCUGUCGCAUGGUGCCUGAGAAACGAGGGGGUGAGCUCCGUCCUUCUAGGAUCUUCCAACCCAGAGCAGCUGAUAGAGAACCUCGGAGCCAUACAGGUCCUUCCAAAGAUGACAUCCCAUAUUGUAAACGAGAUAGAUAACAUCCUGGGAAACAAGCCCUACAGCAAGAAGGACUACAGAUCAUAAUGCGAUGCAUGAAAUCCCUGGACUGCAUGGUUUAAAAAGUGCUCUGUACAGACGUACAGCCCCGAAUCAAUAGCCGGUCAUGAGAAUCAUUCAGCAGCUUGCUGCUCGGCGUCUCCUGUCACUGGAUCCUUCGAGAUGUGUGCUGUUGCUACUAAUCUGCAGUGAAAUUUAAAAGCACAGUUGAUCUCUCUUCUAACCGAGAACGACCUUGUAUUUUCUUACCUUCGACUGAAUUCGUUACUUUUUACUUUACUCUUUAGCACCUCAUGCUUGUGCUGUGAAAAACACUUGUAAAGCAAAAAAAAUAUUUAUAACCUUCAGGUACUUGGUAAUUAAAGAAGGAUGUACAGAUCUAUUUUUUCAAUGAAGAAAAGCCAGAUAAAACUCAAGGUUUUAAUAAAACCACGUUUGGGAAAUCUCA